UUAUCAUUUUCGAAAGAACGACAACUCUGCUAACAUACCGAUCGCCAUUGUGAAUGCGCAUAGAAAAAGAAGUAGCAACUGUUGUGGCUUGAAAUUAUACAGAAAUUGACAACGUAGCCAAAAACAAGUGUUAAUUGUUUGUACAAAAUGUUUAAUAUUCAAACACAUAUGGACUAUGAGGGCCAGCACAAGGCGGAGAAGUUUUCACGCUUCAUCAUUACACUUUUCGGCAUAGUCGGUCUCAUCUGGGGUGCUAUCAUACAGCAGUUUUCACAAACUGUCUACAUUCUUGGUGCAGGCUUUCUUUUGGCUUCUAUUAUAACCAUUCCACCAUGGCCAAUAUACCGCCGUCACGCCUUGAACUGGCAAAAACCACGUAAUAUCGAACCACCUGCAAGUAGCGGCGAUGAGGGCAAGAAAAAGAAGAAAUAAACACCGAUGUUUAUGGUAUAUACUGUAUUCCAUUGAUAGCUUUUAAUAAUGAAUUUGUGUAAGUUUACGGAUAUAACAAAUUAAGAAAUUAAAUUCCAAUUAGAGAAUUGAAAAAAA